AAUGUCAAAUUUAAAUGAGUUCACACAGUUUAUUGUAAUGAGGAGCUGCUACACAUAAACUGAAUAUCAACAGGUGGUCAAUAGUGCCUGUAUCUAAAUCAGCUGUGUUGGGCUGGUUCACAAACGGCCAACCCUCUGGCUUGCGUUUCUUCCGUUUGGGAUUUGAUGAACGUAACGUUACAUUGUACACUGAGUGUGUGCUGGUGCCAUUGUAGAACAAUGCACAAUUCAGCAUUUUUCCUGAAUAGACGUAAAGAAAGGCUUCAACUGAAAGCUGUCGAUUAUCGAUAUCUGGAUACACCACGUUUGGUGUAUGUAUCCCACAGCCUGUCCUUCACUCAGACACUUUAUAAAGGUCAUAAUAGAACUGACAGUGUUGUUAUUAUCGCCUGUUGUGACCGAGGCGGGUUUAGGAUCGGGGCACGCGGUGAUUGGACGUGACGAGCCCCCUAGUGUCACGAUGCUUCAGUUUUGUGCGUACGCGCAGGCGCAGCGACCCCUCUCUUCUCUUCUGAUAUUUUAUUUACUCCCGAAACCCAAGAUGGCUCCUGUGAAUGUCUCGGUCCCAUAGCAAAUUGAGGAUGCAAGUAGCUGUCGUAAAUACAACUUUUCCCCGACCGUCGCAUCCCCUGGAGUUCAAUUCGUAUGGUGCGGAGGAGGCCCUAACAUCCGUCUAGGCAUUGAGCAGCCGUCGGAGCUUCGCGAAACCUUCUUCAAUCCACCAAUUUGGAGUAGUUUCGCGAAGUAACGUUAGCUCUUCUCCUCGCUGUCUGUCCGGAGAGAGGUUCAGGCAGCUCAUCCAAAUGGCCGAACCGAGAAAAGUGCAAUUUGUCACCCUCUCGGCCUUCGCAGCUGGAGCAGCCGCGGAGUCUAGGAAACGUCGGCUGGAGGAUGAGGCCGACUUCAACUUCGUUGGAGCCGGGGAGGUCGAGGCAGCGACCGGGGCAGGGGGUGCUGCCAGCAACGGUCGUCUCGGCAAAACCGGCGACAGGGACACGGCUGUAGCUGAGAAGAGGGUGACGGUGCGGCUCAACCUGUCCCUACCCGAGCCUGACGACCGCUCCUCCGCCGAGUUUAAUUACGGCGAAAUCAUUCAAAACAUCCAGGCAAAGAAUAAUCCUCCAAGUCUUACUUCAGCCCACAAUCCCAACGACCACUUUGACGAUGAAGAGAGAGAGCGGCUCCAGGUUGAGGCCCUGGCAAAAAAAUUUGAAAAUAAAUAUGGUAACACAGAGAAGAAGAAGAAGAAGGACAGAAUGCAAGAUUUGAUUGAUAUAGGCUUUGGCUACGACGAGACAGACCCCUUUAUUGACAACUCAGAAGCUUAUGAUGAGCUGGUUCCAGCCUCUUUAACUACAAAGCUUGGGGGAUUUUACAUCAACACUGGCACGCUGCAGUUCAGAGCCACCUCCGACUCCGAGGGCGAGGAGGACAAGAAGCUGAAUGACAACAAGGAACAGGUGAUUAAAAAGAGAAAAAAGAAGGAAGUGAACAAUCUGGAAGAGAACGCGAAGAAGAACAGAGGAACUCAACAAGGUGGGGCAGCCCUCAAUCUCCACCGGCCAGAGAAGAAGAAGAGGAAGAAGCUGAUGAAGGACUCGCUGUACCUGGCGGCCAUGCUCCGCCGCUUCAACCGGGAGAAGGAGGAGAUGAGGAAACGAAACCCGAACAUGGCUCACCCCGGCCUGGCAGGAGGUGUGGCUAAAAAGCCCCACUCCACCAACUCAACGAACCACCUUUUAGCCUCUAACUCCACCCACUCACAAGACUUCUCACUCGCAGACCUCACCUCGGACCCCGCUGUAAUGUCACUGCUGGGCUCGGCCAAUGAGAAGGAGCUGCAGGAUCUCCUAGGCGACCUGGACUUUAGCGUGUUGGACAAUGACCAGCAACAUGUCAUGGUGGCAGCCAGGGAGAAUGGCAUUCUGGGAGUAGGUGUUCCGGCCCCUAAAGUAGUAGCAGGUGGAGGUGGCCAAGGGCGAGGCCUGGGUUCUUCCAGUGGACUGUUUUCUCCGCCUCCGCUGCCUGAUGGGCUGCCAGCUCCUCUUAUUAAACGCAUCGAGGACCUGCGGGCGGCCUCGCGGCAGUUUGAUCAAGAGGGCAGGAAGAAAUUUUUCACCUUGGACAUGAAUAACAUUCUCCAGGACAUUGAGCUGCAAGCCCAGGAGCAACCUCCUGAGGUGCGCUCAGGCAUCUACUUGCACAUGGAGGCAUUUGUGCCGUGCAACAAAGAAGCCCUCCUCAAGCGCCUGAAGAAGCUCAGUCUCAACAUCCAGGAUGACCGCCUACGGACGCCAUUGUUAAAGCUGAAGCUGGCAGUGUGUAGUGUGAUGCCAGAGCAGCUGGCCAGAUACAACAUGGACUGCAUGGCCAAGGUUGCAAAGCAGCAGUCGGAAGAGGGGGAUAAGAACGGCUCUGAGGAAGAAGAUGAGGAAAAGCCUGGGAAAAGGGUGAUGGGCCCACGGAAGAAGUUUGUCUGGGAUGAUAAGCUCAGGAACCUGCUGUGCGGCUUGGUGCGAGUGAAGCUAAGCUGCUACGAGAUGGAAAACCAGUGUUCUCUGUCGGUGGAGGACUACCUCAAGGCCUUCUUAGAAAAUGAGGUCAAACCACUAUGGCCCAAGGGCUGGAUGCAGGCCAGGAUUUUGCUCAAGGAGAGUCUUUCUGUUCACAGUCACCUCACUGGAAACCUAGUCAAGAGGAGAAUGGUGCCUGGGCCCAAGGCCAAAGCCAAGGAGGGUGUUUGGAUCCACAAAUCUCCUCUCACCAUGACCUCCACUCCGUCGCUGCCCACCUCCGCCGUAGCUCUGACCUCCAACCGCCAGCCCCCUUUCUCCUCUUCGCCCCCAGAGCCCAUCUGUCUGUCGGACUCACUGGAUGAGGAUCUGACUGCUCCCUCUCUGGACUCCAUCUCCCACGCUCUUGCCCUCCUCAGCAAUGCAUCUAAGGGCAUAAGCCUCUCAGACAGUCCCUUAUCACCCCCACCCCUGCAAAUGCCCACCUCCUCACCUCCCCCUGUCACCCCUCACUAUCCCUCAGCCUCUCAGCUCUCUGCCUCGAUCGCAUCCACAACACAGCAACAUUCCCUGUCUAAGGUGGAGAGCACUCAGCUGGCAGCUGCGUCUGCUGGGAACUUGCCAACAACAACGCUACCAACCUCCUCUUCUACCUCCUCUUCCUCGUCUCCCACUGCUUCCGCCUUGGCUCGUGUGCAGGCAGCAGGCCUGUCGCUGGCCUCCAGGACUGCAAGUGGCCCUUACAGCCUGAUUAAAGCAUCUGGCACCAUGGGCCAACCCCAGACUCAGAGAAUUGUUACCAUGGCAUCAUCUAAUCACAGGCCAAGCUUGGUGAUGUGUGGGAGUGGCAAGAUGCAUCCACACCCGUCCCCGUCGCCUCCGAAGCAGCGGCCUCCUCCCACAGCUUCUCCUCUGCUGCCCCCCCAUCAGAAGGGCUUUGUUAACCCGGCGGGCAUGCUGGGAGCUAUGGGUGCCCCUCAAGGACUGGCCAAGAGCAGUGCCAAAGCCAGUGGCAUCAACAGCAAUGGCAGUGUGAGCAGCAGCAUCACACCUUGUUCCUCCCCCUCCUCACUGUCCCGCUCCAACUCUACCACCCACCCUGGCCUGCAGUCCUUCUGCCCUCCCUCCCCGGUGGCCUCCUCGCCGUCCCCCACCUCCCAUACGUCACACUCCUCUCAAGGUAAAUCCCACACACACCACCACCACCACCAGGCCAACUUCAUCACACCCAUGCAGGCCACCCUUACCAAGUCUUCCCACAGCAGCAACUCCUCUCCCAUCAUCAAGCUCACCCCUCGGCCUCCUGCGCCCACCCCACCUCCCUCACCCUCCCCGUCAUCCUCACCCUCACACCCGCUCUCCCAUCAGAUGAUCCCUAGCCAACAGCAACAACACCAGUACUCCCCCAAAACCCCCAAACCUUUUCGGCCCCCCUUCAGUGUAUCGGGUGGCGGGCAGGUGAAGCAGACGCAGGGCAGCUUCAGCUUUGCCGGAGGCCAGAAAGCUCAGUCCACGACGAGCAACAGUAGCAUCAACAACAACUCCAUCAACAACAAGGGAGUGACAUCAGCCCUCUGCAGUCGCCCAGACAAAACUCCCCUGUCUUCUGCACCUUCAGUCUCAGCCAACCAUGGGCAGAGGCAGAGGGUGAUGGGCGGGGCUCAAAGCUCAAAGACAGGAAACGGUUGGGCGGCUUCAGGAACUUUAGCCACGUCCUCCACAACGUCACACCUCUCACAGGUAUCAACAGCAGGCACAUCCCUCCUGGGCAGCCCCUCAGCUCUGCCCCUUGGCUUUGGGAUGUUGGGAGGCCUGGUGCCCGUCUCGCUGCCCUUUCAGUUCCCCUCAUUGCUCAAUUUCAGCCCACCUGGAGCCCCAGGGGCCGCUGGCAUGGGCUCAGUCCCCAGCUCCAACUCAGGAUACACCCUAGCACAGAGCGACCUAAUGGAUCUGUAUAAGAGUCUCCAGUCAGGGUCGCAGGCAGCCCUACCUCCUCACUUGCAGCUUGCUUUCUCAGAUGCAAACCAAAGCCAGGGUGGAGACAUGAAGAGGAAAUCCCACUGACCAAUAACCACGCAGGAGGAAGACACCAGCGGGGUGACAUCACAGCCUCUUGGACACAUCUACCAACAGGAAUCUUCUCUCUGAUUGACUGACACAGUGAUGUGGUAUGAGGGAGCGGGGCUCCACUGCCUCUUUUAACAUGGACCUAAAGGAGAAUCAGUUUAUCUUCGCUACAAGUGGCAAUGAUGAAUUAAUUUAACUGUAUUUUCUAAUGAACCGGGUAUGAGAACAAGACUGAGUGAAUGACGAGAACACUUUUAUUUUUGUUCAGCUUAUAUUUUUAUUUUUUUGUCAACAUGUUUACAUAUGACUGACCUUGAUCACUGUGGAAUGAAUGUGAGCAAGGUGGUGGUACAGAUGAGUAGUAGUACGCUACGUAAUAUAAUUUGUAUUUAAGCUAUUGUGGAUUAACAGGACUCUUGUUCUUGCAGUACAAAAAGAA